AUGAGAGCCAAUAAGGACUCUAAUGGUAGGAGGAGGAGGAAAUCAGGGGAAAUGGACAACUUGCGCUCAAAUGGAGACAAUGAAAUCCAAGAUUUUCGAGGCAUUGAGGAACUUGAAGCCUAUAAAAUUGUGUUUGAUACGUCUAUUCUUGAGAGCAGAGAAAGUUCCGUUCAAGAUUCUGAAGAAAAUUGCUUACAAACCUUCGAAGAAGCACCUGUGGACAAGUAUUCAAUUCAUGAAACUUGUGGUACAACUGUAUCUCAAGGGCUAACAAGGAACAUUUACGAAAGCUCAGCUGAGAAUUUGCAGGCUGAAAUUACUGAGGUGAUUGUGGAAGCUAAGAGUAUAGGAGGGUUCUUGGAGGAAGACCGCGAGUCUGUUGAUGCAACGUGCGAAAAGGGUGAAAAAGAAGUCAAAGUUAAGCCACUAGGCGUAGAGUUCGAUAAAGGUGAUAAUCAAGAACAGAAAGAAGCAGCAGAGAGAGGUGGAUCCAAGGCACCAGGCAGUAAAAUAAGUUAUGACGAAGGAAAGGUGGAGAAUUUGUCAAAAGUAAGAGCGAAUUUUCAGAGAGCAGGGACUAAUGAUAAUGAUGGAGGAAAGUACUACACUUCAAAAGUUACGGAUAUUAAUUAUUCUCAACCAUUAAUGAGUGGGUCAAAUCUUGGAAGUUUUGGAUCAAUGAGAAAAGAAAAAGAAUGGAGACGGACACUGGCAUGCAAGCUUUUCGAGGAGAGACACAACGUAGGUGGGAGUGAAGGGAUGGAUUCGCUCUGGGAGACUUACGAGACAGACUCAAAUAAGCUUCAAACUAGAAGCAAAUCAAAGAAGGGUAAGCAAGGUAGCAGUAAGUACUAUGGGGAUGAUGAUGAUGAUGAUGAUGAAGAGGAAGAGGAUGAGAUUGAUGAUGGGCAAUUGUGCUGCUUAAAGGCUCUCAAGUUCUCAGCUGGGAAGAUGAAUUUGGGAAUGGGAAGGCCUAAUCUUGUCAAGUUUUCCAAGGCACUCAAAGGAAUCGGAUGGUUGCACCAUGUGAGCAAGCACGGCAAGAAGAUCCGCCAUUGA